GACUGAGAUUUCGGAUAGACCACCUAUAGGCUCGUUUCAUUCCGUUGAAGAGGUCCGAAAAACGCAGCCAGCCAGAGACGACGGGGCAUGUUGCUACACAGCUAAUAUUGACACGAUAGACCAAGUGAAGGCGAAAGUGAGAUGUUGUUCACACACUGAAACAGAAAACAACACAAGGAACUGUACUAUUUUACUAACGGCAUCUCGGAGUCUCAAGAGACAAGAAACCAGCGGCGGAUGUCAGGUGUUUCUGAGCUACAGUGUUAGUGUGAUGGACCACCAACAGUGUGAUGGAGGCCAAGUGUCAGAGAGCUGUGACUCACUCGGUAACGGGGACUCCUGGCCCCCACCUGCCAAACUGUCCCGCCUGGAGCGGAAUGGUGGCAUGGGCCCCCCAGGGCCAUACCAGGGCAGGACGAGACAGGGGAGCCCAGGGGCCAGAGCCCCCACCCCGGCCCCCAUACCCACGAUACCCGCACCACAACCUAAGAACUGGCAUAAGAGAGGGAGCCUGCUGCCUGUGCUGUGUGUGGUGGAACACAGAGAGAACCCAGUCUCGGCAGUGGAGGCUGAGAGGCGAGAGGAGCAUGCAGAGUUUGUACUGGUCAGGAGAGACCUGCUGUUUAACCAGCUGAUAGAGAUGGCUCUACUGGCCCUGGGCUACUCUCACAGCUCAGCAGCACAGGCAAAAGGUUUGAUCCAGGUGGGUAGGUGGAACCCUGUCCCUCUGUCCUGUGUGACUGAUGCUCCUGAUGCCACAGUGGCUGACAUGCUGCAGGACCUCUACCAUGUCACCACCCUCAAGAUCCAGCUGACCAGUUGUCCCAGGUUGGAGGAACUCCCUCCAGAACAGUGGAGUCACUCUACAGUGAGAAACGCCCUGAAGGAGCUUCUGAGAGACAUGAACCAGAGCUCACUGGCCAAAGAGUGCCCUUUGUCCCAGAGUAUGAUCUCCUCCAUUGUAAACAGCACCUACUACGCAAACGUGUCGGCCACCAAGUGCCACGAGUUUGGCCGCUGGUACAAGCACUUCAGGAAGACCAAAGGCAUCAUGGAGAUUGAUAGCUUCUCUGACCAAUCCCAACCGGGCUCCACCCAUCUGACCUUUACCCAGCAACCAAUCCCAGGCAACACAGCCAAACAGGCCGACUCCUCACCCCUCGUCUUCCCUCACGGUCGUGGCUGCCUGGCCCCAAGUCUCCGCCCCCCAGGGCUGGUGACCGCCCCCCUCAGCCCCCAUCUAGUCAACCCCCAACAGAUAGUCAUGGCCCAGUUCCUCAACCAGCAGUAUGCAGUUACCCGAAUGUUAUCCCAGCAGAGCCUGUCUGUAUCUGUCUCCACCUCCCCCCACCAGUUCCUCAACCACCCCUCUGUGGGGAGGCCUCCCACCUCCUUGGCCCUAGCUAAGGCCCCCGACCCCCAGCCCCAGGAUGGACCACCAGGACCUGGGUCUGGGUCUCAGAGCCAGGUGUGUGGACCAUCAGACAUCUACUGUGAGAUCUACCAGUGGGUGAGAGAGGAGCUGAAGAGAGCAGGCAUCUCCCAGGCUGUGUUCGCCCGCGUGGCCUUCAACAGGACCCAGGGCCUGCUGUCUGAGAUCCUGCGUAAAGAGGAGGAUCCGAAGAGUGCCUCUCAGUCUCUCCUGGUCAACCUGCGGUCCAUGCAGAGUUUCCUCCAGCUACCUGAGGGCGACCGCGACCGUAUCUACCAGGAGGAGAGGGAGAGGAGUCUGACCGUGUCGACCACUAUCACCCAUUCACCCAACAACACUACCCCACCAUGCCACACACAGACCAGAAAGGAAGAGGAGAACUUUGUCAAGGCUGAAGAUUGGCACUCCCGGGUUUCCAUAGGCAUCCCUAUAGCGAGGCUGUCCCCAGUAGCAGUAGUAAACAGAGGGGUGAAGAGCGAGGGAUGUGUUCUAGACAUCAACAGUUCUAUCUAUGAGGAAAUCCAACAGGAGAUGAAGAGAGCCAAGGUGUCUCAGGCCAUGUUCGCCAAGAUGGCCGCAUCCAAGAGUCAGGGCUGGCUGUGUGAGCUGCUGCGCUGGAAGGAGGAUCCGUCCCCGGAGAACCGGACCCUGUGGGAGAACCUGUGUAUGAUCAGGCGCUUCCUGAGUCUGGCCCAGACGGAGCGAGAUGCCAUCUACGAACAGGAGAGCAACGCUCUGCAGCUACACUGUACAGACAGAGUGAUACAGCAAGUCAACAACAACACACUGCUCCAACGCCACUCCCCAUUGCCACAGCAACACCAUCAACGACUCCUGACCCCUCGGUCCCAGCAGCCCUUGCAGCCCCAGGCGGGGCCUCGCCUGCCUCCACGACAACCGUCCACAGCAUCACAAGCCGAGAAUGAGGGUGGUGGGGGCCAACUGAAGACCUGGUUGGGGGGUAGUAAGGUUGAUGGGAGGGUAGAGGACAUUACUGGUCUGGGCAAUAGGAGUAGGGCUGAGGGUAGUAGUGACAAGGAAGGGGGCGAGGGAGGUUGGUCGGGGGCCAGACAGAGUAACGGGGAGGGCAAUGGCGGGCGUAAUGGUGAGGGGGGUGGGGUUUCGGUGUCCCGGGAGGCGCAGGGGAUCCUGCAGAGCUUCAUCCAAGACGUGGGUCUGAACCCAGACGAGGAGGCUGUCCACACCCUGUCAGCCCAGCUGGGCCUGCCAAAACACACCAUCCUCAGCUUCUUCCAUUGCCACCACCACAGUUACACACACCAGAACCAUAGACAGGACUACAGUGAGAUCCACCACAACCAACUUUCCAGCCAGAACCACAGGGACCAGGACCUGCUCUUCUGUAUUGGAGCAGGCCCAACCCAGCCUGACAGAACUACAGGGGAGAAGAAAGAAGGAGGAGCCGUAGAUCCCACUGGACGGAUAGGUGGAGAGGAGGAGGAGGACAUGGAGGGGGAAGAGGUAAUAGAGUGGGAGGGGGGGAAAGAGUUGGAUGUGAGCACCCAGACUAACACCGUCGUCACCCUAGAGGAGGAGCAACAUGACUCUAUCCAAUCACAGCCGGAGACAACCCAACCACAUGACUCUGAUGAAUAGCAUGGCCCCAACCACUAGUUGUCCCCUCUAACCCAAUGACUCAACUAGAUAUUUUCACUAUGCUACUGCAAAAAAUAAUAUUCCCCAUUUCUGAAGAACUGUAGUAAUGAUGUGUCAUAAUAGGUGAUUCCCUUAUUUGUAAUGAAAUAUUGAAAUAAAGGACUGUCUUUGUGAAAGGAAAUGAGACUAUGUAGUUACACAAGAUAGUUUAACUGUUGAGGAUCCCAUUUUAAACACAUUAUGCCAACAAAUGCCUUGUAGUAUGCGUCACUACCCACCUGGUCCUAUGGCUAGAUCGUCCUCUCUGGAUUCUGAUGAUACUGAAAUGUGAAUAGUUUGAUUUCUUUCUCUGUCUCCAAACUCAACUAUGCUUUCUUAUAUCUUUCUGUCACAACGUCCACUUUUAGGUGUCUCUUUGACUGACGGUAAAAUCAAUUGUCUUAAGGUAUUUUAUGGUCAACAAUCAACAUAUUUGAGUGGCUUCUCUCAAAUUGUGUAUGCAAAUUAUUUCACUCAUGCAAUUUAAUACUUCAGUUGGUCAACUGUAGAAGAAAAGGCUAAUAUGCAAAUAAUGUGUGUGUAUAACUGCCUUUGAUUUAACCUUUGUAAAUAUUUGUAAAAAUGUAUUUGUUUUAAAAUAGUUAAUUCCAUCGAUUUAUGAGCAACUUGAUCGAAGUGGUUGUUUUUAACAUCUUUAAUAAUUUAUCUGUUCAGAAAUGCAAUGAAUGUGGAUGUUAAUUAAUUUUGUAUUUAUACCUGUGAUUUAUGAUUUGCUUCGUCACACAUUAAACACUUAUAAAAUGGA